ACACACAGACAUGUACUGUACAUACACACACACACACACGCACAGAGACACAUGUGCACACACACGCACAUACAGACACAUGUAUGUACAGACACACAUACACACAGAUACAUGUACAUACACAGAAAUACACACGCACAGACACAUGUACAAAGUUGCAGUACUUCGUUGUUCACUCACAGAGCCGGGUACUGCACUCUAGGGGGAGGCAGGGAGCACAGCACACACUCCUUGCUUUGCUUUCACUGCACUCAGCUAUUGAGCAGUCUGAUGGCUCCCAGUGCCAAUGACAGAUCCGGCCUGAGCUCCGAGCCUGCUCAGCAAGACAGCCCUGGGGGACACACUUGCCCCCACCAUAAUUUCCACUCGCCAUUGGCGAGCAGGCAAGUGGAAAUUUCAAGGCCUGGUCUA